AUGAAGAGACGAAGAGAGAACAGAAACGUAAAGAACGCAGAAAGGCACAGACGAAAGGAGGAGUACAGAGACAAAGGGAGGAGAACAGAGAAAUGUAGGGAGAAGAAGAAGAAGAUAGAUGAAGGAAGGAGAACAGAGAGAGGAGAACAAAGACGAAGGGAGGAGAACAGAGACGAAGAGAGGAGAACAGAGAGAAUAGAGAGACAAAGUAAGAAGAGCAGAGAAAGGAGAACAGAGACAAAGGGAGGAGAACAGAGGGAGGUGAACAGAGACGAAGAGAGGAGAACAGAGACGAAGAGAGGAGAACAGAGACGAAGAGAGGAGAACAGAGACAAAGAGAGGAGAACAGAGAGAGGAGGAGAGAGACAAAGGGAGGAGAACAGAACAGACAGACGAAAGGAGGAGAGCAGAGGGACAUAGGGAGGAAAAC